GUUUCAACAGAUAUCACCAAAAUGCCAUCUCAAAUGGAGCACGCCAUGGAAACCAUGAUGUUUACCUUUCACAAAUUUGCUGGGGACAAAGGCUUCUUGACAAAGGAGGACCUGAGAUUACUCAUGGAAAAGGAGUUCCCAGGAUUUUUGGAAAAUCAAAAAGACCCUCUGGCUGUGGACAAAAUAAUGAAGGACCUGGACCAGUGCCGAGAUGGCAAAGUGGGCUUCCAGAGCUUUUUUUCACUAAUUGCAGGCCUGAUCAUUGCAUGCAACGACUAUUUUGUAGUACACAUGAAGCAGAAGGGAAAGAAGUAGGCAGAACCGACCGAUCACUCCUAUCCUGCUUAAGAGUUUUCCCACAGGGUCACUUAUGGAAUCCACUUUGCAGCUCUCCCUGUAUAAGGGUUUCAUGAGCGGAUCAGGACCAUUAGAAAAUGUACAAAGAAAAUCCGACUGCCAUUUGACAAGCAGAGAGAGAAAAGCGAAUAAAAUGCCAGAUAAGCUUUUGAUUUUUA